GUAAACCUUGCUCCUUAAGGUAUCCACCCCGCCUACCCACCCACCUCGCUCCAUUGCGUACUUCAUACUCCGUACCUCCGUACAAUCCAAUAUCUCCGUGCCCAAUAUCUUAUGCUGCUUACUAUUCCAUGUGCCAUAUGUUAUUCUCUCUCUCCUCUUUAAGAUAAUGCCUGCCUAGGCCAUCACCGGUAGCAGCAGCGACGUGCUUGACUUCAGAUCCGUCUUCUUCUCCCCCAAUAACUCUGAUAUGCACCAUCGCCACCAACGUCGGAUUUGACGGUGUACGUCCCCUACAACAUCUGAGCUACGGAUUUUCGACCAUCUUCCCCCCAUGGUCAACGCAUCCAACCAUGUAUCCGACAUUCACGGGCAACUCCCGCCGCACGCGCAACGUUAAUCUGAGUGGCCAGCGCCAGAACCCUUUCGCUGCAGCAUGGUCUCCCUCCACCGGCUCCGGUGCCUCCCUAACGAUAUCCAACGCGCAAGCGGAACGCCAACAUAGACAGCAGGAGCGGCAGCGGGCCAAAGCUGCGAAGACCAUUCAGCGGACAUGGAGAAGUCACAAGACUCGGAGGCAGCUGCGGAAUGGUUGGCGGCAAGACUUUGAUCAUAUCUACUCGGUUCCGGACAACGCAAACCCGCAGCAGAGGGCAUUUGUCGCCUUUCCUCUUCUGUUGGCCUUCUUUGAACCCAAGCUGCCUGGCGACCUGCAGCGGAUGCUCCGAUUUGCGAGGGAUUUCGCUUCCGCCGAUCUCCAACCUUUUCUUCCCCCACAGGUUUGCUCAUUUCGAGUUGAACGACUGUCAGAGAUAUUGAUACAUGGCUUGGACAUCUGCAGCCACCAAAGCAAAUCCCGAGACGAUGUCGAGAUUCUCCUAACUCAGCUGACGAGGGUCGCUUCUUUCGCACCACACUGCCUUUCUCAAUUUCUGCAGCCAUACUAUAAAACUCUAGCCCGUUUCAUGGUCACGGCUACCUACUUGGACGAGGUCUUGUUGGGUCCAACUGUAGAAUGUGUGGUUGCACCUCUGGGAGCCCCGGGAGCCCCUGAAACUCAUGAUUCUUUCAUCACCGACGUCUACGAAGCCCUUGCGUUCAACCUAUUGACCGCUAACCAUCUCCCUUUGCUUGAGAAACAUAUCAGUGUCUUUUCCCGGCGCAUUAGUGUUGUCAGGCUUGCGUCGGCAAUCACUGCAGCGUACACCAGUGGAUACGCGUCCACCAGGAGUCCCGAGGACCUGCUCUGGCUUCUGGCCCAUUUUAUCGACUUACACAAAACGCAGCCCGGUGCAACGGGACCUUCUGUUUACCUAAGGGCACUGUAUGUGCAGCUCUCGACUCUCACGUCACAAAUUAGCAUCAGGCUACCCCUCCUAGACCAGGGCUCCAGAGAUGAUAACAGGAAAGGGGAUGACGUGCCCCUGCCACUGCCCCCUUAUGUGGCCAAGCACAUUACCUCACUGGUAGAUCGAGCCGGGAUAGCGGCAUUGUUGACAGACAUUACUGCGAAUUUUGCUUCUAGGACGACUACCGAAGACUUCGAAGGAGCAAGCCUUCUGGCCGGAUACGUCCUCACCCUUCUCCAGUGCUUUCCGAGGCAAGGCGAUGAUAUCAGGAUGCGUCUCUUUCUUGGAGACAUCCCAUCUACCCAUGGCGAUGUACCGGUCCUCAAGUUUCUCUGGAAUACUAUGUGCAAGACUCAAGUAUAUCAGGAGAUUCUACGAGAAUCAGUGUCGGUGAUCAGCGUCGUGCAAGCACACCUCUCCAGCUCGCUCGCAUCACCAGAGAUAUCCGCUGCAGAGCAAGAAUGGAGGUUGAUUCACCUAUUUCUAGAGCUUUACACGUUCAUCCUGCGAAUUAGUGACGACGAUGACUUCUUCAGCAGUAUCGGACCGAAUAUCGCGGGAAACAAUCAGUCGCCACCUUCGCGGUUGAGGUCUUGCGGCCUUGCACUUGCAGAAGUCAAAAGUCUGACGAGUUUUCUGAAAAAUCUGGCGUUCACGCUUCACUACCAUGCCUCGGAUAUUGUUCCGAAUACAAGCUCAUCCGAGUCGGUGCCUGACUCUGAUUCCAUGAGCAAGCUUGAUGCGUACUUCGGGAGCAUUACAGGGAUUAGGCCCGUGAAAGAAAAAAGAAAAUCCGGGCUGUCUGGGUCGAUGGCGAAGCCGGAUGCGCGAAGCCUGCGUAGUAUUGUGACUGUGGCCCUUCGAUUACUCUACGAACGGGAUUCAAGACGCCCCUUUUUGCCUCCCAACCAUUGGCUCAUGACGGCCAAGUUUGAUAUGGAAGGGUUUGUCACGGCUGUCGUCGCGGAGCAGGAACGCCAGCAAGCGGAAAUAUCGCAGGACACGGACGAGGAGGACGAUGAUAAUGACGAGGAGAUGGAUGACGCCUUGCCGAUAUCACAUACAGUGGCUGGGCAGCGGUCGUCGCGUCAUGCGCAGAUCGAACGACUACGAGCACAGCAGCGAAGAGCACAGAGGGACCGGAUGCUGUCUCUCAUAGGCCCGAAGCUUGAGAUAUUGAGGCAUAUGCCCUUCGUUAUACCCUUUGAGACCAGAGUUCAGAUAUUCCGGCAGUUUGUUCAUCUUGACAAACACAAGAGACGAGGAGGUCUGGACGCGGACCAGUGGAGGAUGACGAUGAUCAACAAUCCUCUUUUCCCAGGCCGCGACCCCGCGAGGAAACACCAAGGCAAGAUCAGGAGGGAGAGCGAGUUCGAUGACGCAUACGAACAGUUCUACCAGCUAGGAGACGGUCUCAAAGAGCCUCUACAAAUCCAGUUUGUCGAUACGUUCGGCAAUAUUGAAGAGGGCAUUGAUGGUGGUGGUGUCACGAAAGAAUUCCUGAUCAGCGCCAUUAAUUCCGCGUUCCCUGACCGCAGCAAGCCUGGUGGCAACGACGAAUACUUUGCUGAGAAUGCGCAACAUUUAGUCUACCCCAACCCGGUAGCGGUUGAUGCGUACAAGUUCAUGAUGCGGACAGCCAAGGUGCCCGAAGAUGAGCAGCGCGAACAUGUACGGGAGCUGCUGCAGCGAUUCGAAUUUCUGGGCCGUCUAGUUGGGAAAUGCAUGUAUGAGGGCAUCCUCAUCGACGAACCCUUCGCUCCGUUCUUCCUGUUGAAGUGGGCUUCUGGCCAAACGGGGGAGAACAGUUACCGCGGCAAUAUCAACGACCUAAAGGACCUCGAUCAGGAGCUCUACCAGGGUUUGCUGCAUCUCAAGAACUACCCAGGCGACCUUGCCGAGCUGGACUUGAAUUUCACAAUCGAGGACGAGCUCUCAACGAAUGGACCAAUCCGUACCAUCACCAGGGAGCUAAUGCCCAAUGGCAAAAGCACCCCGGUGACAAAUGAGAAUCGACUCCUUUACAUAGCUUACACGGCCCGACAUCGUCUUGUGGUUCAGCCUGCCCAGCAGACAUCAGCUUUCCUACGCGGCCUGCGCUCUAUCAUCGCGCCUUCCUGGCUCUCCAUGUUCAACCAGAAUGAGCUUCAGCACCUGGUGGGCGGUGACUCGUCCGAGAUCGACGUCGACGACCUCCGUCGCAACACAAUCUAUUCGGGUCUGUACAGCGUCGGCGACGACGGCCUUGAACACCCCACCAUCGAGCUCUUUUGGAAAGUUGUGCGUGGCUUUUCGGACGCAAAGCGCCGACUGCUCCUUUCGUAUGUUACGUCGACGCCUCGUGCGCCGCUGCUGGGGUUUUCGCAGCUCAACCCGCGCUUCAGUAUCCGCGACGCAGGCCACGAACAGGGCCGUUUACCGAGCACGAGCACCUGCGUGAACUUGCUCAAGCUCCCGAUAUAUGAUGAUGAAGAGACACUGCGAGAUCGACUCGAAAGAGCCAUUACCUCACAGGCUGGGUUUGGACUUAGUUAGCCAGAAGGAAAGGUAAAGGCGUACAACGGGUGGGGAGUGGCAGCACUUUGGGUGUAUCUCGCUGUGAAUGGAUGACUGUAUGAAGAUGAAGCACGUAUGUAUCUACAUGGACCAGCGACAAACUCCGUAAAUUGAAGCGCACGAUAUCUUUACCUUAUUGUUCCUUAC